AUGACAGAAGCGGAAAAGUCGGAUAUCGAAGGCUCGACGGAGAAGAUCGACACGGAUGUAAGGGAAAAUGAGUAUCCUAGCAUCACGAAGGUUAUAGUUGUCAUUCUUGCCCUUUACCUUGCCGUCUUUCUGGUUGCUCUCGACCAGACAAUCAUCGGCGUAGCAAUCCCGAAGAUCACCGAUCAGUUCAAAAGCAUUGAGGAUAUUGCCUGGUAUGGCAGUGCUUACUUCUUGACUUCCACUGCAUUGCAGCCAUCAUAUGGCAGGAUCUACAAGAUAUUCAGUGUCAAAUGGGGCUUUCUAAUCGCUGUCCUCAUCUUUGAGAUCGGGUCACUCAUCUGCGCUGUCGCACCCAGUAGCACCGUCCUGAUUGUUGGAAGAGCUGUGGCAGGUAUUGGUGUUGCCGGUAUAUUCUCUGGGGCCCUGGUAAUCAUAUCAAUGACAGUCCCACUGCCUGAGAGACCUCUGGUAUUUGGCAUGUUUGGCAUGGUAUGGGGAAUUGCUUCAAUUGCUGGACCACUACUUGGAGGCGCAUUCACCGACGGUGUGUCAUGGAGAUGGUGUUUCUAUAUCAACCUUCCCAUCGGCGGUCUUUCCAUUGCCGUUAUCAUCUUCAUCCUGCGAGUUCCCAAGAAGAGCGAGUUUUCGGGGACGCCCGUCCUAGAUCGGAUCAAACAGCUAGAUCUUAUCGGCGCCAGCCUUCUCAUCCCGGCCAUUGUGUGCCUCCUACUGGCACUGCAGUGGGGAGGAAAUAAAUACCCAUGGAAUAGCUCGCGAGUUAUCGGGCUAUUUGUCGGCUUCGGACUCAUGAUCAUCAUCUUCACCUUCUCGCAAAUCAAGUUGGGCGAUCGUGCUACACUCCCACCGGGGAUCCUGAAGCGACGAUCGGUGUUAUCUGCGACUAUGUUCGCCUUGUUCUUCGGCGGUGCAUUCUUCCUCCUGGUUUACUAUGUCCCCAUUUUCUUCCAAAGCGUGAAAGGAUCGUCUGCUAUGAAAUCCGGGAUCCAGCUUCUUCCCUUGAUGCUGGCGACCGUCAUCUCAUCCGUCCUCGUCGGUGCAUUCGUAACUGCUGCAGGCUACUAUACUCCGUUUUUAAUCGGCGGUACCGCCAUUGCGGCCAUUGGCACGGGCCUUAUCACAACAUACUCUGUGGACAUCUCGACAGGCAAGUGGAUCGGUUAUCAAAUUCUAGUCGGAGCGGGAGUCGGUGCUGGUUUCCAAAUCCCCAUGACGGCCGUUCAGACCGUUCUCCCACCCGAAGAUAUCCCCGUCGGAACGGCCGCUGUAAUGUUCUUCCAGACACUGGGAGGCGCACUCUUCAUUGCCGUUGGGCAAUCUGUCUUCCAAAAUGGAUUGAUCGACGGGAUCCGCGAAUUUGCGCCUACGGUGGACCCGCGUGCGAUUGUCGGUGCCGGAGCAACGGAAAUGAGACAUGUCUUGGCGGCGUUGGGGCAGUUGGACCAGCUUGAUGCGGUGAUUCGGGCGUAUAUGAGCGGGCUUCGCGAUGCAUAUCGAGUCAGUCUGGCCCUAGCGCUGGUAGCCCUCGUAGCCAGUUGCUUUCUGGAAUGGAAGAGUGUCAAAAAGACUGGGCAGGAAAGUAAGAACGACGUGGCGGUUCCGGCUCUGUGA